CAAACUUUUGCUGUGUAAUCCGUACAGGCGAGGCUAACACACGUCUGUCGCUUCGGAGUACUUUUUAUUACUAUUUCAGUUUAUACGUGUUGUACACAAUGGAAUAUUUAAUCGGACUACAGGGACGGGAUUUUGUCCUCGUCGCCGCCGAUAAUGUUGCAGCUUCCAGCAUCAUUCAGAUGAAACACGACUAUGACAAGAUGUUCAAGCUGAGCGAGAAGAUCUUGCUGCUGUGUGUUGGAGAAGCGGGAGACACGGUGCAGUUUGCAGAGUACAUCCAGAAGAACGUUCAGCUCUACAAAAUGAGGAACGGUUACGAACUCAGUCCUGCAGCAGCAGCGAACUUCACACGAAAGAACCUGGCAGACUACCUGCGGAGCAGAGUAAGUAUCUGAUACAUAACACUUAGAAUCC